UGUGUCUGCCAGCUGGGCUUCCUCACCGCCCACAAGCUGAAGCAGCACAUGGCCACCCACACUGGCGACAAGAUCGGCUACACGUGCGAGAGCUGCAACAAACAGCUGACAACGCGCAAGUCGCUGCGCGACCAUCAACGCAUCCACACAGGCGAGCGGCCCUUCCCGUGCGCCGUGUGCGCCGCCGCCUUCCGCACCGAGACGCUGCUGCGCGCCCAUCGCCGCCAGCACGCGUCGCAGCUGCAGUGCUCGGCGUGUGGCCAAGCGUGUCGCACGGAGGCGCAGAUGGCGGCGCACGAGCGCACGUACCACCCGGCGUUGGGCGGCGGCCGACCGCAGCUGGUGAUCGCCGAGACGGUGACACUGGCGCCGGCGCUCCUCGUCACCGUCGGCACGGCGCCUCCCGGCCCGGGAGAGGCCAUCUUCUGA